AUGCCUCCGAUUAAUAGGCUAGAUAGGAACCCGUGGCAGGAUCCGAAGUCCAUCCGCGACAGGGUUGACGCCGAAGGCAUACAGAGGUGGCACGAAAAUAAUCUGAAGGAGAUCCGCAAGGUGCAGCACCGCGCAGACUUUGACUCUAAGGACAAGCUUGGAAGUGAGGUUCUUGCUGCGCGCAAGGAGCUAGACCAAAUAAGACAAGCAGUUAAGCAAGCAAACGUAGUGUGCAGACGCGAGAAACUCCUGAAGCUGUACAGUCUCGAUUUUGAACGCCAACGCCAGGAGCUACAGCGCCUUGGCUACGACAUAAAGGUGGUGGCUCCGUAA